AUGGAAUAUCAAAGGGUACCCCUAAUGCUGGUCAUUGGUCUGCUGGUAUUGACACAUGCAGUGGAUGCAGAAUCUUCAGCAAGAGAUGAGCUCAUUAAAAUCAAAGAAAAGUUGGAGAAAAACUCGGAACACCUCUCUACAGUCAUCAACGGAAGGGAUAUACUCUCUAAAAGGGUUAAAGAUGUGACCAAUUUAGUAAAGGGAAUCCUUUCGAGAUCCGAGGCUGAGAAUCCCUGGGAAAUCCGAGAGAUUGAACGGGUAGAAAAUGAUAUUUAUCUAUGGCUAAGACAGACGUAUCUUAGGGUUGCAAGUACUAGUCGCGAGGUCAAAGCUAUGCUUACAGACAUUGAAAAUGCCUUGAGCGGCAAUGCCGGGGAUAUCAUCAUGACAAUCACAAACAGGGCAAAGCAAUUCCUGGAUCGUAAUAAUACUAUUUUGGAAAGAAUAGAGAAGGAUAAAUAUAUUCUGAACUACAAAUUCAGACUACUGCGCUGGCUGGAGACCUUGACAAAGUCAAAUGCCGUCAAGAGAGUUUGGUAUCCGCAUAAACCAGUCUACAGCGAAUCCAAAGAACUGACUAUAAAUGACAUUAGUGAGAUAUUAUUCGACAUGGAGAUAUCCAUUUCCCAGAAGCAACUGGAGAAGGUACCUGGGACCCUCAAAACAGCCCUGGAAGACGAUCUAAAGGAGAUGAAUUUCACAAGGGAAAAGUUUGAGAAUGCGAUGGACAGGGCAAAGAGGAUAGAGGCUGAAUCUCUUGACAUUGUAAAUAAUGCACCAAGCACUGCACUUGAAAGAAUCCACAGGCAGAUUGCAGGGCAGUAUCAUGAGCUCAGGUUACGGUAUAGAGAUAACAUGGCACGUGUUAUUCCUGCGACUAUAGAUCUGGAAGGACAUUUGAAGAUGAUACGGCAAUGUAUACCUGAGGAGGAAAGCGGGAAGAAGUUGAAUAAACAAUGCAUAAGAAUCUGCAGAAGGGCUGCACUAUCUCUGCAUAACUCCACUACUUUUCCAACCGCCCAUUAUGUAAAGGAGGUUGAAGACGCUAUUGGUGAAAUGAAGGAACUCAUCGAGAGAGUUAGAAAGGAGUCUGCUGUUGCUCAGAAUGGGCCUGAUGACAAGGCAAUCUCAAGGCAUCAUGCCUCUGAACUUCCGACUGGUCCUCUACAAGACGAGCCAGACAAGGUGGGAAAUGAUGAAGAAACCGAUAAUGAUGGCAUUCAAUAUGAGAAUGGAAUCUAUACAAGAGGGGUUUACCUUGUCACAUUCAUUAUCCUUUUAAUCACCUACCAUGGUGAAUAG